UUUCUGCGCCAUGAUUGCAGGACUUAAUUUCUUUUCUUUUUCUCUUAAAGUGAAAGACACAUGUUAAUAAGUUUAUCAGUCAAGUGAUCGCGUUUUCUCUUUCUGGAGGCGCAGUAAAAGGCGCUUCACUCUGACUGCAUGCCGUGACAAGCGGGUUUAACCCCUGCCGACCAAUCAGCGCACAGGAUCAGAGCGUCUUAUGAAUAUUCAUAUAUCUUUUGUCCAAUCAGGAAGCGGCAGCGCGCGGCAGAAGAAAAAAAAAAAGUUCAAAGCGCUUUGAGGCGCAGGAGCGUGUAUAUCUGUGCACGCGCCUGCCGGAGGAGCCAGGAUCUGACAGCUGCUGGAUUGCAUGGAUGAGUGCGACAUUAAAAAAAAAAAAUAAUAAAAAAAUCUCACCAAGAUAAAGGAUUACUGAUGUGAUAUGUGAUGGAGCUGUGACGGCUAGGAGUUGCUCCAUGGAGCUGCAGUCGUCCUGUUAAAUGAGGCGGUCAUGGAGAAGAGCAGCAGCUGGGGAUUACAUUUAUUCGAGCUUUUCUUCCUCGUCUUGCUCUCGGGUUACCCGCUAUGCUGUCAGGGAAGCUGGAUGUGGCUGGGCAUCACGUCUGUAGGAGUAGUGGAGAAGAUGGGCUGCUCUAAUUUGCCUCUGUCCAGCAAGCAGAAGGACGUGUGUAAGCGGAAGCCCUACCUGCUGCCCAGCAUUAAAGACGGAGCGCGCCUGGGCAUCGCGGAGUGUCAGUCCCAGUUCAGGCAUGAGCGCUGGAACUGCAGCACCAGCAAACAGCCGGCUGUGUUCGGCUACGAGCUCACCAGCGGAACGAAAGAGACAGCGUUCAUCUAUGCUAUCAUGGCGGCAGGGCUGGUCCACUCAGUCACCCGGUCCUGCAGUGCGGGGAACAUGACCGAGUGCUCGUGUGACACCACGCUUACAGGCAGCGGCUCACAAACCGAGGUCUGGCACUGGGGCGGCUGCUCGGAUGACAUCGCCUACGGGAUGUGGUUCAGCCGUCGUUUUAUUGACCAUGCAACAAAGAACGCUUCUGCGCACGGAGAUGAGGCCCUGCUCAUUAUGAACCAGCACAACAGCGAGGCAGGGAGACAGGCUGUAGCCAAGACAAUGUGGACGGACUGCCGCUGUCAUGGCGUCUCAGGCUCCUGUGCUGUAAAGACAUGCUGGAAGACCAUGGCAUCCUUUGAGCGUGUAGGCAACUACCUAAAGGACCGCUAUGAGAAUAGCAUACAGGUGCUAGACCGCACCAAGCGCAAGUUCCGUCGCAAGGAAAAGGAACAGAGGCACAUGCCCAUUGGCCGGGAGGAGCUCAUCUUCCUCAACAAGUCACCCAAUUACUGUGUGGAGGACCGGCGGCUGGGCGUGGCCGGGACUCGGGGGCGCCGCUGUAACCGCACUUCUGCUGGGCCGGAUGGCUGCAACCUGCUGUGCUGCGGACGGGGAUACAACACACACGUGGUGCGUCAUGUGGAGCGCUGCGAGUGCAAGUUCAUCUGGUGCUGCUACGUGCGCUGCAGACGUUGCGAGACCAUGAAUGACAUUCACACGUGCAAAUAGAGGGACGAGCCAAGGACAGGGAGAUAUAAGGAAACAUGGAAAGAGGUGAAGUUUGACUGAGGAAAUGGAGAUGAUAUGGGUUCUACUUUUACCUCCUUCCCUGUACACCUUUGCAUUUCAUUUGUCUCAAAAGCUUUGUUCAGUGGCGCCUUCACAUGCUUGAGUAGCUGGAUGGAUUCUCAGGAAGCUGAUGAAGUAUUACCUGAGUACUGAGUGUUACUAUGAGAACUGAUGGCUGAAGUGGCUUUGUGAUAAAGGGAUAAUCUCAUCUUCUUGUAAUGAACGGUUUCCUUUAUAAGACUUGAUCAUAAACACAAAAAAGAGCAUGGACAACAUAACAAGCCAACUGAGAAUCCAAAGAAAAAACUCUGGGAUCCCAUGUGGAUUGGAUUCUAAAGUGGGAUCAAGUCUGGUCAAGUUCAGAUUAUGGUCAAUUAUGUUUGUUAAUAUUCACCUAGACAUUAAUUCAGCCUCGAAUUAUACUCUUAAAAUUGUUUAAAUUCUUCGAAUUGUUCUUAAAGGGAGCUCUUAAAGGUUUUAUGUGGAACGCUGCAACGGAGUGCUUAAUUAUCAUAGAGGCUAAAGAAUCAAAGGUACUAUGAAAAAUACUGCAACAUCAUGCUUAUGAUAACUUGUGAGUUUUGAGUAGUUUGAAAUGCUUAUAUGAUUGUAAAUAGUCUGCUAAAUGAUAUUACUUUUCCAAAGACAUACACUAUUAGUAUUUCUUGGAUAAUCCUUAAAGGUUCUAAGUAGAACUCUAGUAUGGAGGGUUUCCCUUUCAUAAACAGUUCCAUGUAGAGUCCCUUUAGAAAGCUAGAACAAUUAACAAUCCAAAGAACUAUUAAAGAACCUUUUUUCUAAGGUUAAUUUUUCCAUGCUUGAAAAAAAUUAAAUCCAGAACCCCUGAGUUCUUCAGGUUCUGGAGAAUGCUUUAAAAGUUCUAUGUGAACCCUGUAACAGAGAGUUUCCCUAGUAUAUCUGCCUUCAGAAAGCUAGAUCCAUUAACCAUCUAAACAACCACUUUAGAAAAAAAAGAUUCACAUCCAUCAUUGUAUAGGGUUUUUCUGUCUUCGUUCUAUGAGUUUACAGGUUUUAAGAGCUGUUUCACAGGGGGAUAUAACUAUUAACCAUCCAGACUUAUAGGGUUCUUCAGUCUUGUCCUUCUGGGUGAAACUUUAAUGGUUCUAUCUAAAACCCUCCAAUGGUGGGUCUUGCUUUCACAGAAGGUUCCAAGUAGAAGUGCCCUGGAGAGAUAGAACCAUCCAAACCAUCCAAACCAUUGAACGGUUAACCAUCCAAACAAGCAGAGCAGAACAAUCUUACAAAAAAAGUGUUAGUUGUUCCACCAUAUUAGUUUUUCAGUCUUGUAUUUCUGAGAGAACAUUUUAAAGUUCACUAGAACAAAUUGGUUCCCUUUCAGAAAAGGUUCCAAGUCAAUCACCUUUAGAAAUCUAGAACUGUUCAUGAUCCGAAGAACAUGUGACUAACGCUUUUUCUAAAAGUAUAGCAUUUUGCAUGUGGAGCUGGAUGUAGAACUGAAGUUCUCGCACAUUAAAUGAUGUCUUUAGACUCCAGCCUCAUUUGUAUAAUGACAUGUAAUAACUUUCUGAUGAUGCCUGUUCCUUUUGCCCCACUCCUUAGAAAGGGUUGUGUUUGUCCCUCUGAAAGAACCCUUAAAGGUUUUGUGUAAUACCCUACUUUUCAGAAAAGUUUGCAAGCCCAACACCAUCCAAACAACUCUUGAGGAACCCUUUUUAUAUAAAGAGUUUCCUUACCGUCUGUGCUCUUAGCCUUUUCCACAUGCUCUCUUUCUCUACAAGAAGUCCUGAUUUGUUAGAAGUCACAAACGUGUGCCAAAUACCACAGGUUUUUUCGUUUAAAAAACAGCCCUGAAAAGCUAACGCAAGUGACACUUUAGCGAAAGUGACACUUUGUUCGAGCUUCCUCAAGGCUCUUACUGAACACACUGGCAGCUGCUUAUUGUCUUACACAUUUGAAUGCACUUGUGAGGGAAUUUUGUCUGUGUCUGGUUUGUCGUAACUGCUUCAGCCAUUUUCUGUCAGGGAGCCUCGUGUCAAAAUGAAAUCGCUGUGUCGCUCAAGAGUAAAUGAGAAACUCGAACUCUGUGCAAACACUUUUCCACCUGCAAUCCAAUAAAUCAUUUAAUUUG